CCACAGCUGAAAACGGACGUGUCGUGACGUGUUGUGUUCUGUCUCGCCUUGAGGGUACUCAAAAUUCUCGACUCUUGCCCGAGUGUCUGUCCGUGUGCGCCCAAGGGCCGAAAACAAAACGAACGGUACACACAAAAAAAAAAAAAAAAGAAAAGAAAAGAAAAUUUAAAAAAUAUAAAUAAAUAAAAAUAGGUAAAUACGAGCGUGGAAAAUGUGUGUAAAAAUAUGCUAGCGCAUUAAUGUUAAUGCAUCGGCUGUUCUCACCUUGAAAACCGAACGCGUUGCGGUCUCCGAUGCCGUUUCCGAUGCGUAGAGCGCGUGUGUCUGUGACAAAUUGUGUGGCCAUUUCAAGCGGAAAAUGUAAGCUAAACAAAAAAAUGCCUCUCAGUGCGUAGGCUCAAAAGCAAGCAAAGCGUAAAGCUCGCGACAUUUUCAACUCUAAAACUCUCUCUGUUAAUUCUGGCCUCUAAACCUUAUACCUGCAAUAUAUAUACACACAUAUAUAACUCUCGAUAUAUAUAUAUAUAUAUAUAUAUAUACAACUGUGCGUGUACUUCUAGCCAGCUAUCUACCAACAAAAACACAUAGCAUAUUAGAGCCCCACAAAAUGCUGCCAAUUAUCGCCUAAGCCAGCCGCAGUUCGAAUCAAAAUCCAAUUAAGCCCAAAACCUAGAAAUAAACUGUGAUCAUAGCUUAAACACGCAACAAAUACAACUACAGUAACAACAACAAGAAAAACAACAACAACGACCAGCAACCAGCAUAUAAAAACAACGCCACACAAAGACAUGAAGGAAAGCUGCCAGCAACUCACACAGACCCACAGCAAGGAGCAGUCGAAGCCAAAGCUGACUCUUAGCCAGAAACAGAGCCAAAGACAAAGCCAGAGCCAGCUACAGACCGUAUCUGGUGCCCAAUUGCUGAAUUUAUAGAUCUCCAGAUAUUGAAAAUUGAAAUCAAUUGCGCACAAGUAGCAGCAAAUAGGCAAAAGGAAGCCAAUUAAGUCAAAGGACUGAGACAGAACAACGGCGGGACGACGGUGGUGGCUGUAAUGACAACAAUUGACGCGAUGUAGCGCAGACUUAUGGUCGGCGAACGCGACAGGGACCGUGAGGCGGUACGCUGGGCAACGGGUGAAACAACACCGCUUCAAAACAAUAAUGGAGUGUUACAAAUGGUCGGGCAAUUGCAUGGUGGACAGGCUGCUGGCCAACAACAGCAACAGCAACAACAAAGUCAACAACAACAGCAGCAGCAACAACUGCAACAACAACAGUCAAAGCAACAGCAACAGAAACUUCAACAGAAACAGCUACCACAACAUCCGGAACUGUUUUAUCAGCAACACGAGGCAGCUGCGCGUGGACUGCAACUUGCGGGCGCAGCCGACGGCGGCGAUAAUCAGCCCUAUUACGAUACAAGCGGUAAUGUCGAUUGGGAGAGAGCGAUGGGAACCGGUGGAGCUAGUUCAUAUGGUUGCCUCGGUGGAACUGUCACAGCAACUGGCGGCGCUGCUUAUAACGGUAGCGCAGCUGCUGCCGGCGGCGCUGUUAUCCUCAACAAUCGCCACAUGGAUUUUGCUGAUGGCGUCGGCAUUGCUGGCCCAUCCGCCGCAUCAGCAGCAACGCACACAACAGCUGCUGCUCUCGGCCUGGGAGCUGCUGCUGGAGGCAGCCUCGGCAGCGGAGCGACGCAGAUCGCAGGUGCCGCUGCCGCUGCCGCUGCCGGCGCCGCUGCCGGCAGCAGCACCGGGGCCAUUGGCAAGGAAGUUCGUUACGCUCCAUUCCCAGUUACAUCACCAACGCAUUCAAAUCCCACAACUUCCCAGCAGACUCUUGCGCUGCAGCAGCAGCAGCUGCAAAUGGCACUCAGUGGUGGGGCAGGCGGUGGUGGGGGAGCCGGCAGCGGCAUUGGUGGUGGCAGCAUUGGCGGCCCCACUGGCAGCCUCGGCGGCGGGAUCGGGGGUGCUAGCGGUGUGGGUAGUGUUGGCGUUGGUGUCGGAGUUGUUAUGCUGCCGCCCGGUGCUGGCUCAAAUGCUGGCAUUAGCCUGGGCAAUACAACUGGCGCAUUGCAGCGGACACAUUCCAGAUCCAUGUCUCCCAUACCGCCGCCGGAGCCGUUCAUGAUAGCACAAUCGAGGCAAAUGAACAGCCGCGUCUCCAUCAAUGUGGGCGGUGUGAAGCAUGAGGUGCUGUGGCGCACAUUGGAACGCCUGCCGCACACGCGGCUGGGCAGGCUGAGGGAGUGCACCACCCAUGAGGCCAUCAUAGAGCUGUGCGAUGAUUACUCGCUGGUUGACAACGAGUAUUUCUUUGAUCGUCAUCCGAAGAGCUUCAGCUCGAUAUUAAAUUUCUAUCGCACCGGGAAACUGCACAUUGUGGAUGAAAUGUGCGUGCUUGCGUUUAGUGAUGAUCUGGAGUAUUGGGGCGUUGACGAACUGUAUCUGGAGUCGUGUUGCCAGCACAAGUACCAUCAGCGCAAGGAGAACGUGCACGAGGAGAUGCGCAAGGAGGCCGAAUCGCUGCGGCAGCGGGACGAGGAAGAGUUCGGCGAAGGUAAAUGCGCUGAAUACCAAAAGUAUCUCUGGGAGCUGCUCGAAAAGCCCAACACCAGCUUCGCGGCUCGGGUUAUCGCAGUGAUAUCCAUACUAUUCAUAGUCCUGUCUACCAUAGCCCUGACGUUGAACACCUUACCACAACUACAACACAUUGACAAUGGUUCACCACAGGAUAAUCCGCAAUUGGCAAUGGUUGAGGCCGUGUGUAUCACGUGGUUUACCCUAGAGUACAUACUUAGGUUUAGCGCCUCACCGGACAAGUGGAAGUUCUUUAAGGGCGGCCUUAACAUAAUCGAUCUAUUGGCAAUACUCCCAUACUUUGUUUCGUUAUUUUUAUUGGAAACGAAUAAGAAUGCAACGGACCAGUUCCAGGAUGUGCGCCGGGUGGUGCAAGUAUUCCGCAUCAUGCGCAUCCUGCGAAUCCUUAAGCUGGCCCGUCACUCAACGGGCCUGCAGUCGUUAGGCUUUACGCUGCGUAACUCAUAUAAGGAACUCGGUCUACUAAUGCUGUUCCUGGCCAUGGGCGUUCUCAUAUUUUCUUCGCUGGCAUAUUUUGCCGAAAAGGAUGAAAAGGACACAAAAUUUGUUUCAAUACCGGAAACAUUUUGGUGGGCGGGUAUUACAAUGACAACUGUUGGCUACGGGGACAUCUAUCCCACAACUCCACUGGGAAAGGUUAUUGGUACUGUGUGUUGCAUAUGCGGUGUUCUGGUAAUCGCUUUGCCUAUUCCCAUCAUCGUUAACAAUUUUGCUGAAUUUUAUAAGAAUCAGAUGCGACGCGAGAAGGCCCUCAAGCGGCGCGAGGCGCUCGAUCGUGCCAAGCGCGAGGGUAGCAUUGUCUCCUUCCAUCAUAUCAAUCUAAAAGAUGCGUUCGCCAAAUCAAUGGAUCUCAUCGAUGUGAUUGUAGACACAGGCGAGAAAAAUACGCUGAUUGAGCCUCCGCCCUUGCCCUCCUUCGGCACGCCCCGUCGUCGGGCUUUGUCCGCUCGCAUACAGGAGCUGAAUCGCAGUUUGUUAGAGGAGCGCGACACCCAACAGCAGAACAGCUCCAGUGACAACGAGGACAGUCGUUAGAGCAGACAGAGAGCAGCUGCCCGAGCGCGCAACCACAGCAACAACAACCGAUACCCUACAGACCACAGGGCGAACCCGGGCAGAGCCGAGCAGAGCCCCCCCAUCUUACACUUAACCUAAAAUAACUAGUAGAAGAGUAUCGUAAAGCUAAACUGUUAUUGUAAAUGUAAAUUAGACAAUGCAACUUGUUAUGUACCAACUAAAGAAAAAGACACCCCACAUACAUACAUUCGACACACACACACACAAAACACACCCGCACACACACACACACACAACUUAGUCUUAGGCAAAAACUGUAAACGAAUUGUUAUUGUAUAUGUGUAUGCGAGCAACCAAGUACUUCCUACAAGCUACUCCUACAGUAAAAUCCAGUAUCCGGUUCACUGUUCAUAGUUAGUGCUAGCUAUAUAGACAUUGGCUUCCAAUUGGCCGUUUGCUGUUUAAAGGUGAAAACUCCAAUCAAAAUGAAUUACUUGAUGUACUUCCGUUUAAGCGAGGCUAUCGAAAUUAAAUGUUGUGAUUAUAUAUAACUGCUUUUAGGCGCCCUAAACAUACGAACACACUGAAUACAGAUAUAUACAUUUCGACUAGCAUACAACCUGCCACACACAGACACACACACACACACAUACACUAGCUCAUACACACAUAUGCCGCUGCUUGAAAAACCUGCCACAUUGCGCAUACGCAACGUUGCCAACUCGCAGCGUUGCGAGUGCGCAGCUCGUGAGAAGAUUUCUCUUUCAACUGUGCGCUAAAUUGAAAGUUUUGUUAAUUGCCGUAAUGCGUUUUUGUCUUAAAACUAAAUGCCAUCAGCACUUGAAAAUAUUAUUGAAAUGUCUUAGAAAAAAACAAAUAUAAAACUGUGUCGAUUUUGUCACAUCGACAACACAAUUCAUUCGGUGUCGCAUCUGCUCAAAUUUGCUGAUGUUACCAUUUGAUUUAAUUUGCUGCCUAUUUAUGCAUUUUCUUUUAAAUACAACUAUUUUGUUUUGCCUUACAUUUAAACUAAGCAAAACUUUCAAGAGCUCUCAAACACACCAUUGUGUGGUAUUAUUUCUAAUAUUUACACGUUUCCACUGCAUCGCAUUUGCAGCACAGUGGAAACGUGGCUUGGUAGCGUGGCUUUGUGUGUAUGUGGCUAACUUGAAUGGAGUGUGGGACCAAGAGCACUGUUCCCAUUCCCAAUACUAACACAACACGCCAAACGCGUCAAAAGAGAACGUUGAAAACAAUCCGCGUAAGCACAAUUUUAAUUUAGUAUAAACGUAGCUAUUAACUAGGCCUAUAUCUAGCGAAACUGAACUUCCCUAGCAUUUGUUGAGCACAAUAGUCAAAAGUGAUAAAAACAAAAAGCGUAAAAUACAACCAUUUCGGCCACUCCGAAGCUUUUAUACCCUUGCAGGCAACAUUUGGAUAGUUCAUUAUAUCUAAAUUCCAAUAACGCCCUCAACUUUAAGACAUGUGUAUUUCGUCAAAUAUAUUCUAAAAUCUUGUAAUCUCUUAGCACUGAAAUUGGAAAUGGGGACAGACAAAAGAGACAGACCUGCAGGGGCAUAAAUUAAGAAUCCCUCCAAAAUUGAAUGCAGCUUAGAAAGAAAACUAUCUAACUGUAGUACUGAGAUCCUGGGCCAGCGUUAUAUGGGCUCAAUGAUCCGGCCACAUUUAUGCAAAAGCCAGCCUUAUUUAUGAAAUUAGUUGUUGUAGCUUAAAGAGAUUAAGCUUAGUUUAUAAUUUAGUGAGCGCGCCACGCACAUUGUGGACAUCAAAAUUGUAUGUAGGUAAACAUAUAUUCAACAUAUUUAUCAAUUAAAACUUAGCAAAUUAUGGCAGAAUGUUCCUAACAAUGCAUAGGUAAACUUCAGAAUAAAAAGCCCAAAAAAAACCGAAAAAUAAAUAAAUAAAAAGCAAGUAUAUAUAAAAAUAAAAUGCCUUAUUUAAAGCAUAACGCGCUUAGUUUGCAGCAACAAAAUGUUUUUAUGUUUCAUUUAAAUGAAACAAUAAACUCGAUGUGUACUCGUAAGACUAUUUAUCCAUAGCAGUUGCAGAGCAUGUAACGAGCAGAAUAAAAAUGAAAUUUUGUUAAGUGUUGAAAUAAUUGUAGAUCUAAGCUAAACGCGCUGAGCAGUUAAAUGAAGUUAUACAAAAUAUAUAAAGCCCAUUAAUGAAAAAACAAACUAACUAAACGACUUAAUAUUUCGUCAUUUUUUUCUAUGAUUUCAGUUCAAAAUAGUUACAAAUUUCUGUUGAUUUGCAUUGCAAUUAAAUUGAAUACAAUAUGUGUAUAUUGUUCAAAUAUUUCUAUCAUUGUGCACAGUUCAAAAUUGCAUAGUUAAAUAUCGGAUAGGAUUAUGAAAACCUUGAAAACAAUGCUUCAAGCGACAAAAGCCUUUUACGUGCCUUUUACUUCCAGACUCGUUUAUACUUUCGUCCAGUGUAUGUGUGUACCCAUUUCUUUAUUUUGUCUUUAUAUUCUUCUGUACGCUCCUAAACUCAAUGCGUCAGAGAGUAGAGUUUUGUAACUAAGAUAUCUGCUCGCAAAAACGCUGCAUGCAUCUAUAUAUCUAUCAACUAUCUGCAUACAUCAAAUUCGAAUAGAAACUCUACGCUCCUAAUGCUCAAGCCGUGUGUAUAAACAACAACAACAACAUGCCUACAUAUAUAUAUAAUUAUUAUUACUCGUAUUUAUCCAAAAUUCUUGUGUCUGUACACUCAUACAUUUUGUGUAUUUUGUAUCUGUACUAUUGUAAACUGUCAACUAUUGUGUGUCUGUGAAUUAGCAAUAAAACCAAAAUCUAAUACGCUGUAUUUCAUUUAACAACACCCUAUAUCGUAUGUACUUAUCAUCUAACUACUUAUAUGACUGCAUUAACGAUAUUUAAAGAUGUGUUUAAUGCUUGACAAAAAGCCCUUUAAAAUACAUAUCAUUAUUUGCUUUAACUGUGUGCCUUUGUCAAGCCUUGAAUUUAGCC